AUGCCCGCCAAAUCUUCAGGGCGCAUCGUCAAGGCGCGAAAAUACUCGACGCCUCAUCACAAGAACCACAGAUACGAGACCUUCACCGCAAAAGUCGCCAAGUUCAACUCUCUACAGCCGUUGCGAAAAGUUCGACGACAUGACCUCGAUGAUGACGACCUCUCGGCGACCAGCUCGUAUUUCCUCUCAGCCCUGCAGAAAUGGAGCGAGCUCAAUGUCGCAAAGUGCUUCCGCGAGUUCAAGCAAAAAGUGAAGAACAUCGACACGCUUCACCAAAUACUUCACCACGAGAAGGACAUAUGGAAAGCAUUGGCCGACAGUAUUGCGCGACAGGAGAAGGAAUCUCUCGAACCGCUAUUGGAAAUAUUGACAGCUUUUGCGCACGACUUGGGAACGAGAUUCGAGAAGCGAUACUACACUCAAAGCUUGGGCCUGAUCGUCGAUAUUGCAGGGAAGCCACAAGAUGCCGAUGUGAUCGAGUGGACUUUUGGCGCGUUGGCUUUCCUCUUCAAGUUCCUGUCCAAGCACAUUGUCCCGAACCUGCAGCCGACAUACGAUACCGUCGCUUCCCUGAUGGGGAGAUCGAAACAUCCGCCUCACAUCGCUCGAUUCGCUGCCGAGGCAUUGAGCUUCCUAGUCAAGAAAGCAAGUGUACCGUCCCAUCGGGAGACCGUGCUGCCGGUUUUUGUGAAUCACGUGAAAGAUGAUUUGGUCAAGAUGGAAGGGGAUCGUCAGUUCCCACUGUACCAGGACGGAGUUAUGACUAUGUUUGCCGAAGCCAUCAAGGGGAACGACCACACGGUGCACUCUGCUGGUCCUGCCAUCAUCUCGCAACUUAUGGAGAGCAUGCGCAGCGAUGACGAAAAGGCGACAUACAGCGCUAUCUGGACCGAUGUUACUUGUGGAGUGUUGACAAGUAUUAUCCACCAUUCGACACAAAGCACCUUUGGCGAGGUUAUGAAGGCGGUCUUGGACAAGUCGCAAAAGAUACGGGCUCAAAUAGACCCUCUGCCAGCUUGGACUCAACUGAUGCCGUUGGCACGAGUCCUAGGUGUGGCCGCCGGAGUCAGGAAAGGGUCAAGAGUCGACAGUUGGAGUGAGCUGGUCACUGCUCUUGUCAACAUCCUCGAAACCAUUGCCAAGGUGGACGAAGAUGCCAUGGUACCAGGAGACGGCAAUGAACUUUGGCGCUAUGUCUUGGUACCAGCAGCGGUGACUUGGAAGCAUGCUCCUAUCGAUUCCUUGCUUUCAAAGCUUGGCCUCUUCUCCAAGUCACUAACGAGGGGACCACUGAUACAUUGGUUCAUACCAUUCUGCGCCUACGUAUCUGACUUGGACGCGCAGCGGUUCGGCAAUCUCCUACGCGCGGACUUCCAGAAAUUCAUCGCAUGCCACUGGUCUCAAGGCAUUAACCAGCAGUUGCUCAGUAUUCUGAUUCCGCAGAUGAUCGAACGCGGGGCUUUCCCAUCGGCAGGCGAGCGAGAUAGUUGCAAGUUGCCCCAGGACUGGCAAGAUCAAAUUGUUUCGAAGUUCGAAAACCUCGAAGUUUCGCCGUUCCCGGAGCGGGGACCCUACAACAAAACGCCAAAAGAAUGGCGCGACCGUUGUCUGCCAAAGUACUCGGCCCUCCUGCGACUCAUGGACUUGGCCGUUGUGCAUCCUUCUACAAACGCUCGAGUAGCAGAACUACUGCUCCGGAAACUCAAGCUCGCGCUGCGACCGACCUCUACACUUGCUUCGGACGAGGUCAACUUUAUUGUCAGCCAGGGGUUCCACGCAUAUCUGCGGAUGACCAAAACAGCAAAAUCUGUUGAUCUCACCCUUAGCCCUCUGCUCCGGGCAGCCGUACCGCGAUUCGCACGAUCCGUGGGCUUCUUGGAAGGUUUCUUGGCGUAUGAGGAAUAUUUGAUCGCAGAACCGACUCACUCGAAGAGGGACGAAUCAAGCAGUGACUCCUCUGCUGCAGAGGAAGAUCCCGUCAUUGCUUCUCUUGUCGAAAAUUUAGGAUCACCGUCCCACGAGAUUCGGCUUGCGUCUUUGAAACUGCUCCAGCAACUCCACGACUUUCAGGGGUCGAGCGAUUUUGUAGACAUCAUGAUUGAAGUCGAACAGCUGCCGCUAGGUCUCGAGCAUACCAGGACGAUUUCGAUGUUGCUGCGCAACUUGGGCCAGAAGUACAGCUCCAUGGAUGAAUCUAGCUGGCUGCAGAAAGGCGUGCCCAAUUUCAUCUUUGGCAUGCUGACCGUUAAGCUGUCUCCUGUGUGGGACAGUGCCAGUGAGGCUCUGGAGCAAAUUUCACAAAGCAAAGCCGGCGAAGAAGUGGUCAGCGCUAUCGGUUUUAGCUGGCUUGAAACACCCUCCCCAAGGUGGUCUGCACCAGCCAACAACAAUUUGGGCAGCAAUCGUCAAGUCAUCACCGAUUUCGAUUGUACAUUCCUUCGGUACUUGUACCAAAAGGCCGACAAGACGCACGAGAUUGCGCACCAACCUGAAGCUCUAAUGCUGCAAACCUUUGAUGAACGCCAGGAGACUGCCCCAGCACUAGCAGAAAAUGCUCGGUCCAAGGCAAUCAAGGUGUUCAAUACGGUACCCUUCAUUGCUGAGCGGCGAUCACGGCAGUUGACUCCACACUUCUUGCCCUGGGCUUUGGAGGAUGACACCUCAAUAGCAGAUGAGCUGGCCGACAUGGAUCAAACAUACUGGUCCCUAGCUGACAGGAAGGCACUCCUCGGCGUCUUUGCCCAAUUUGUCAACCCAAGGGUGCUUUAUCUCCACGAAAAGGUGUACGAUGGCAUGCUGCAGCUGUUAGAAAACGGCGACGUAGAGGUACAGAAGCUUGCGUUGAAGGCUAUACUUGCGUGGAAGCAGGCUGGUGUCCGAGCAUACCAAGAGAACUUGGAGUACCUUCUCGAUGACGCUCGCUUCAAGAACGAGCUGACAGUUCUUCUGCAAGGCGAUAAUGUCAUCAAACCUGAGCACCGCGCUGAGUUGAUGCCGGUGCUACUGCGGCUCUUGUACGGUCGUACCAUCUCAAAGAAGGGAGUCGCCAGUGGCAAACAUGGUCUUCAAGCUACGAGGCUUGCGGUCCUGCGCAAUCUUUCCGUGGACGACAUGGGAAAGUUCUUGGACAUCGCGAGCGGCAAAUUGCGAAGUGUCAAGGUCGUUGACACAACUUGUCCUCGUCACAAGCUCUUUGACAAGCCCCUUGUGCAUCCCCGCAAACAGGCUGGCUUUCUGAACAUGGUUUCAUCUCUCAUUUCCGAGCUUGGCACCAAUGUGACGAAGUACAUGGAAUCGCUGUUAAAUGCGGUCCUAUACUGCUUGGUCUUUGCAUCCAGGCACCUCAAGGGCACUGCUUUAGACUCGGACGACGAGGUGGACGACGAUAACGAGGUUGCAACAUCACAGUCGCUCUUGAAGAUGGCGAGGUCGGCUGGAAUCAAGUGCUUGAUUAUGCUGUUCCAGAACGCUCAAGAAUAUCAGUGGGAGCCCUAUCGCGGGAUCAUCAUCGAGGAAGUCAUUAUGCCCCGUCUGGACAGCCUCUCGACAGAAAUGACAUCGGGUGUGUCAGGUGUCCUACAACUUCUCUCCACUUGGGCAGCUCUACCCAAGACAGCACUGUUCUUGGGUCCUCACGGCGGCACUCUACCGAAGGGCAUCCUGCCUCCCGUGAUCGAAUGCUUGGCAGCUCCAAAGGCUAAGGAUGAUGUAAGGAUCUUCAUUCUGGAGAUGAUCUGUAACAUGGUGCGUCUGGCUUUGGCUCCUGCUCAGGGGUCUGAGUUCAACGAGCUCAUAAAGGCGGAGCUCAUUGAUCCCAAUGCCGAAGCCAUGCUCAACACCAUUACGGGAGUUCUCCAUGCACCAGCAACCAGCACUGCCCUUCUCGAUGCAUGUGUCGAAGCCUUGUUCUCGCUUGCUCAAGUUCUGCAAGAACCAAGGAGCAUUGAGCCUGUGCUGCGGAUAUGCUCGUUCCUCCUCCAGCAACCGCCUCGCCGCGUCAGCCCAAAGACGAAGGGACGUGUGCUCUUGGUGGUAGAAAGUUUUGUUUCGCUUAUCCAGCCAUCAGAACAUGAAGAUCUUUGCAACAAGGUCUACGAGACACUGUCCUCCCUCUUCAGCUACUUCAAGGACAGAGAGAAUCGCGAGGCCCUGAGCCGGGCCCUGAGUGUGGUAGCGGCAGGUGACGCUGGCAAAAGUGAAGUCGCAGCGCUUUGUGCCAAGCUCAACUCCUUCAAGAAAGGUUGUAUCGAAGAGCCCGACUACGACCAGAGGUUAUCUGCAUUCACCUCCAUCUCAAAGGAGCGUGCUGUGCCACUGACAGCGGAGGAGUGGCUGCCUCUAUUACACAAUUGCAUCUACUUCAUCCAUGUCGACGAAGAAUUUGGUGUCUUGGCCACAAAUUCCGCGGAUGGCUUGCGACGCUUUGUGCAAGAUACUGCCACCUCGACCCCUGGUCAGUCUGCGGAUAAGCUCAAAACGCAGCUUGGCCAGACACUGCUGCCCGCUAUCUAUACGGGCAUCCGAGAGCCUUCGGAAACCACGCGAAGGGAGAUUCUCCGUGUGUUUGGGUUCAUAAUUUGCCAGCUGCCCCAAUGGGAUCCUGUUCAUGACCUGAAGGGCUUGUUAAAUGAGUCCUCGGAGGACUCGACUGAGCCUCCUUUCUUCUUCAACAUUCUAAGUCCUGCUGUCGCGAGGCAGCAAGAGGCCUUGCGAGGGCUGGAGGAGGCGAACAAAUUACACGAAAUCUCCAGUCAGAAUCUGGCCCAGUUCUUCAUUCCUCUCCUUGAGCAUUUUAUUAUCGGUCGGCAGGAGAAGAUUGACGAUCAUGGCCUUGGUGCGCUGGCUACUACGAUUAUUGGCAGUCUCGCCGAAUCUCUGCACUGGAAGCAUUACCGGACGAUUCUCCAACGGUACAUUGGGUACAUUGCCUCAAGGCCGGAGCAACAAAAGCAAACAAUCCGUCUGCUAGGCAAGUUCACCGAUGCAUUGAUCACAGCAGCGCCUUACUCAGCCCAAGACGCCAUGGACGUAGACGCGACGGAGGCUCCGUCGAUAUUUGUUCGACGUCUGUCGUUGACGAUGCCCAAGCAAUCACAGCUGGCAACAGACAUUGUCGAAUAUUUCUUGCCCAUGCUGUCAAAGCAUUUGCAUGAGAAGGACGAGUCGGAAGUCAGUUAUCGUGUGCCAGUCGGUGUCACUAUUGUCAAGCUUCUCAAGCUGCUUCCAAGCAAUCAGAUGGAUCAGAAGCUCGCUGGUGCCCUUACCGACAUUUGCCACAUCCUACGCAGCAAAGCUACAGAGUCUCGUGAUCUGGCCCGAGACACCCUCGUCCAGAUUGCGAAAAUACUUGGAGCAGGCUACUUUGGGUUCCUUCUGAGGGAGCUUCGCGGCGCUCUCACCAAAGGCUACCAGCUCCACGUUUUGUCAUACACCAUGCACUCUAUUCUGGUUGCCGUUAUUCCUGACUUUGAGUCUGGGGAUUUGGACUACUGCCUGCCGAGCAUCAUCACCGUCAUCAUGGAUGACAUCUUUGGCGUCAUCGGACAAGAGAAGGAUGCGGAAGGCUACACAACUCAGAUGAAGGAAAUCAAGAGCAGCAAGAGUCAGGACUCGAUGGAGCUCAUCUCACGCACUGCCUCGAUCACUCGCCUCAUCGAUCUCAUCAGACCAUUGCAAUCACUUCUCAUGCAGAAGGUGGAUCUGAAGAUGGUUCGCAAAAUCGACAAUCUUCUCUCGCGCGUGUCUGUUGGGCUUCUACAAAACCCAGCAGCCGAGAGCCGCGAUACCCUGGUCUUCUGCUACGAAGUUAUCCAGGACAUUUACAAGGCUCGUGAGCCCCAAGUGCAAGAAAAGAUCGACCCCAAAGUCCGAAAGUAUCUCGUGCAGAAGGGUGUCAAGAAGCAGGCUCUUGGUCGAACGACGCAAAACACGUCCAAACUGAUGCGCUUCACGCUUGACACCCUGCGUUCCGUGUUCAAGAAGCACGACAGUCUGCGUACCCCUGAGAAUCUGGCUGGGUUCCUCCCCAUUCUGGGUGACUCUAUCAUCGAUGGCGAGGACGAGGUCAAGGUGUCCACCUUCAGACUGCUUGCUGUGAUUUCAAAGGUCCCAUUCAAGGAAGAAGAGGGUACGACCCUCUACAGAAUCGCAGUCAAGGAGGCCACCAAGGCCAUUUCGACUUCUGUGUCGACAACUACUGAGCUCUCCCAGGCCGCUCUGCGCAUGCUGUCCGUUGUGCUGCGUGACCGCAAGGACAUUGCCGUCAAAGAGGCCGCUAUCGACAUGAUGCUCGGCAAGCUCAAGGACGACCUCACAGAGCCGCAAUACCGACAUGUCACCUUCAAUUUUUUGCGCUCCGUGCUUGAGCGUCAUGUGGAGACGGCGGCAGUGUACGACACCAUGGACUACGUUGGCACGGUCAUGAUCACCAACGACGACAGGGAUACGCGUGAUCUCGCCCGUGGCGCUUUCUUCCAAUUCAUCCGUGAAUACCCUCAGAAGAAAUCGCGAUGGGCGAAGCAGCUCAACUUCAUCGUCGCCAAUCUCAAGUAUCAGAGGGAAGGCGGCCGUCUAUCCGUCAUGGAGGUCGUCCACCUUCUUCUCAUGAAGUCAUCCGACGACUUCGUCCAGGAGAUUGCAGCGACGUGCUUCUUACCCCUGUUCCUCGUUCUUGCCAACGACGACAGCGACAAGUGCUGCCGGUCCGCUGCGGAGCUUCUCAAGGAGAUCUUCCGUCAGUCUGAUAGAGAGCGCACGCAAAAGUUUUUGACGCUUCUGCGGUCCUGGCUGGACAAGGACGACAACGAGGCUGUGCUUACGUUGGCGCUGAAGGUAUGGACCUUUUACUUUGAGUCCAACGAGAGCGCAUGCAAGAACCAGAGCGACUUCAAACUGGUGUUCGCCAAGGUGAUGGGCAUCCUGGGACAAGAGGACAUCAAGGCUGUCAAUGGGGAGCUGCUGGAGGCAGCGCUUGGUUUGAUCCAUGUGUGGUUCACGGUCUUUGCCGACAAGGUUCUGUCUGCGAAGAGCGAGGAUCUCUGGGCGCACGUCGGGCGCUGCAUGGAGCACGGGCAUCCUCCCGUCAAGGUGGCGGCAAUCAAGCUCAUCAGCUUGUACCUCUCCGACUUCGCUCCCAACAUGGGCAGCACUCUUGCGAAACAGCCCGUCCCUGGCUCUCACGGGUUGCAGCUCGAUGAUGAAAAGGUCGGCAACUUGGUGCAUUUGGCGCUGUACAUUCUGAACGGCUACAACGUGCACGAGGCCUUGGGGGCUGAGGCAGGACAAAUUCUCAUCUUCCUGGCCCCCCGGCUGCCAGCACCAGCCGCGGCCGACGAAUCCGAAAGCGAUGAUGGAGAUGAGUCUCAGGGUGACGAGGGCGCCAACAUGAAGGAUGAUGCGCAUAAACCCAAGGACCUACAGUAUCUCUUCUGGCGUAUCUCUCACAUUCUACGCAAGGAGAUUAGCCCGAAUGCUGUGUCCAUUGGUCCAAAGGUCACCGCCAUGGAGGUUCUCGAAACGGUCUGCCGACGCACGACUGUUGAACGCCUCACGCCCUCGCUCAAGACAAUCCUCACCCCCCUCCAAAACAUCACCGACCCAACAAUUCGCCCCCCGCAAACCAUGGACGAGGAGUUCAAUACCAAAUAUGAGCAUAUCAAGACUCGCGCUCAGAUCCUCAUGGAUUCGUUGCAAAAGAAGUUUGGCACGGAGGAGUACUCGCGCGUGCUGAUGCUGAUCCGCGAGGAGGUCAAGGCAAGGAGACUCGAGAGGUCGAGCAAGCGCAAGAUCGAGGCGGUCGCCCAUCCGGAGAAGUAUGGACGCGACAAGCGGAAGAAGUUUGAGAAGAACAGGGACCGCAAGAAGGUGCGGGCAUCGGAGAACAAGGCCAGGAGGCAGGCUUUCAAGAACUGGUAG